AUAUUUAGUUGCAGGCUAACUAAUUUAGUCAAUUUCUCAGUUCCUAUUCCUGGGAAUAGUUUUAAUGAUACCAUAAUCAAAACAAAGUUAAUAAAAUUUUGGACAAACCAUUGUAGAUGGGUACAGCAUUUAUAUUGAGUGAGGCUGACUGUGGCACUGUAUUAACCUCUCCAGAUUUUCUUAAUCUGAACUGGAUUUCUUGAAUCGCAUUGGUCCUGCUUUAUUCUUACUAGAUAUUGAAUGUAUAACAUAUAUUUUAGAACUUAGAUUUUCCCGGCCCAGGUUUGCAGAAUGGACAUCGCUGGAAAUUUCUUCUGUGCUGCUUGCCUGUGAAUUAAGCUGAUUCAUGGAAUUAUUAGGAUAUUCUGAUAAGGGCAUUCGCUAAAGAGCAUGCUGACUACUGGCAACAUGUGCUAGAACAUUACAUCUCAAAACUCUGCUGAGAUCUGAGACCACUACACAACCCAACCCCCCAACACCCACACCCCAAAACAAAAAUAGAUAGAGAAGAAUCUAAACGAAUCUUUCGUCAUCUGGUGGACACUCAGGAAAUUGGAUUUAUGAAGAAUUCUAUCUAGGGACGGUAACUGAAACCCAUUUAGUUCUAGGUGUCGUCAUGUCCAUGGUUGGAUUCUUAUCAACAUGGAAGAAAGUGAUAGGAAGAGGGAAUAUCUGUCCAUGAAAUGAAAGAAAAAAUAUCAAUUCAUAUUCUCAUCCAAUUGCAUCCACCCACAGCCUUUCUUUCUUUUACAAAGGAAGAGAUGUGACCACAUAUUUGUGAAAACCAUGGGAAAGACAGUGAGAGGUCAAUGGCACCGUGAAAUCCUUUCCUCUCCCUCCCUCUCCCUUUCUCCCAUGGGUGGGUGGCAAAGGAAUAAAGGGUGCAUCUCUUCUCAAUGCUUCUCUCUUUUAACAUUUUCCUGAAAAUUAGAGACAGAGAGUGAUGGUUACAGAAAGACAAGGCAGAGUCUGCUGUCUGCUAAUUUAAAGUUGGUCACAUUCCGUCACUUUCACAAGAAUGGAGAGAAACCCAUUGCAACGCCAAGUUGCCUACAUGAGGAGGUCCCUCUUUGAUCAGGGGUACCUUGACGAGCAGUUUGUUCAGCUAGAGGACCUUCAGGAUGACGCUAACCCUAAUUUUGUGGAGGAAAUUGUGACGUUGUUUUAUACUGAUUCUGCCAGACUCAUUCAUAACAUCGAACAGGCACUGGAGAGCAGACCUCUCGAUUUCAUCAGGCUAGAUGAUUACAUGCACCAAUUCAAGGGUAGUAGCUCAAGCAUUGGAGCAAAAAAGGUGAAGAAUGAAUGCACACAGUUCAGGGAGCAUUGCAGUGCAAGGAGUGCAGAAGGGUGUGUUAGGACUUUCCAACAAGUGAAGCAAGAGCAUACAAUCCUGAGGAGGAAACUUGAAACUUAUUUCCAGUUGGCAAGACAAGCUGGACUAGCAAACUAAGUCUUCCUGAAUUAGCCUGACAGAUAGCCAUGAAGAGGACUCAUUGGUACUAUUUGGUGAAUCGGUAGUGCUGAUAUGUGACUACUGUUAUCGGCUAAAAUGGAAAGGGUCAUAUAGAUUUUAUAUGUUAUCCAUACCCAGUACUACCAUGUCAAUCUUAAUGCUAGUAAUGUCAUUUUAAUAAACUCCUCUAUACUUUUAGUUACUAUUUUAUGGUUUUCUCACCAACUUGUUCA